AUGGAUGUCUUCAUCUUACUCUUUACAAUUAUAUCUUUUCCAUUUGGAUUCGGUUAUAUUAUUUUAAAUAUGGCUGCUGGUUAUCUGUACGGUAUGUUACGUGGUCAAGCAGUAGUGACUGUCUCAGUAACUAUUGGAUUUAUGAUAGGUUUGGUGUGUCGAUGUUGUAUGAGAGAGUGGGCGGGGCAGUACAUUGCUUCAUCCCCUGCUCUAUUAGCAAUGACCAAAGUUGUUGAAGGACCACAUGGAUUCAGAGUCAUUUUGUUAACCAGACUCACUCCCAUUCCAUUUGGACUUCAAAAUGCAUUGUUUGCAAUAACAGAAGUGGAAUUUACUAAAGCUCUAAUCGGCUCAAUACUUGGUUUAUUCCCAACUCAAGUCCUUAAUACAUACAUGGGUAGUACAGUCAGAAAUAUGAAAGAGAUUUUAGCAGAUAGAGCUGAUGGAUAUAUUAUUUUAACAAUACAAAUUAUAUUUAGUGUUAUUUUAUCACUUUAUUUGGUGCAUAAAGCAAAACAAGAACUUGGUAAACUGGCCAAACCAAAGGAUGUGGAGAGUGGAUUUCGUGUAGACAAUGAUGGUGUCUCAGGUACAUUUGGUACGACCCAUUUAUCUGUUAACACUCCUCCAUCAUCCAAAUCUGGUUUGUUUCUUGAGCGACGUUUCAUAAACUAA